UGUAAACAACAUGGCGGGUCCAAACAAACGAUUCCGCAUUCCCACUCUCCAAGAAAUAGAGAAAAAAGAUCCCACUGGAGAACCCUCAAUAAAGGUUCCUAAAGUUAGCCAAAGUGAGAAUGGGUCAGCCAACAAUAUUCCUGCUGCCAAAACAAAGGACCACAUGGAAAAUAUCUCAACUGUCAGAGUUUCAGCUGAUAUAAGGCAAAGUGCGGGCGACUCUGAAAAGUCACCAGCUGUUUCUAAUCAAGAGACAGGAGGCAGGAAAAUAGCAUCAGAUGAGGAUGCUGAGGAACAAUUGUCUACAAUACCACCUGCGGCCACAAAGUCAUCAAGCUCUCUCAUUGUUAAUCCACGACAGAGGGGAAAUCCAAUCCUGAAAUCUGUUCGCAACAUAACUUGGGAAUAUGGCAAUAUCAUCCCCGACUAUGUGAUGGGCCAAGCAAAUUGUGCAAUUUUCUUGAGCCUCCGGUAUCACCAGCUCCACCCAAACUAUAUACAUGAGAGAUUGAAGAAUCUAGGCCGGAGCUAUGAUCUCAGGGUGAUGUUAGUCCAAGUUGAUGUUAAAGACCCACAGUUUCUUCUGAAAGACUUGGCCAAGAUUUGCAUACUUGCAGACUGCACCUUAGUUUUAGCUUUCAGUGCGGAGGAAGCAGGGCGUUAUCUGGAAACAUACAAGAUAUUUGAGAACAAGCCACCUGAAGCAAUCAUGGAAAAGACAGAAGAAGGUUUUAUGUCAAAGUUUGCAGAUUGCAUCACAAAAGUUAAGUCUGUGAACAAGACUGACUGUGCCACUCUCAUAUCUCAUUUUGGUAGUUUGUCAAACAUCAUUGAGGCCUCAGAAGAAGACUUUUCUCUGUGUCCUGGUUUUGGACCUCAAAAGGCUCAACGACUUCAUGCUUUAUUUCAUGAACCUUUUCGGAGACAGAUCUCAAGAGAUGGUCCUGGAAAGAAACUGAGCUGAUGCAGAGAAUAUAUAUAUUAUAUAUACAUUCUAGAUUUAAAGGCUAUUUUAAAUAAAGUUAUGUUCCAAAUGUGAAUAAACUGGUGCUAUUUCAAUGUGACUUCCA